GUAAGUUUAGAGGGAAGCCGCUGCGUGUGCCUCCCUCUUUACUUUCACCGACCCCCUCCUCCUCCGCUGGCAGAAAUUUAUAAAGAACAAAAAAUCCGACGAGGGAGGGAGGGGGGUUGAUAUACGCCGAGGCUGAAAUCGAGAGGCGAACCCAGGGAAAGAGGAGUAAUUUGUACACGGGACUUUCCCCCUCUUAGUCCCCCCAAAGGAGGGGGAAAAGUCGCAGUAUUGGAAACGAAAAGGAAUGAGCUUCUAAGGGCGUGAAAACGUCUGCAAUUGUGGAUACUUUAUAUAUUUUUAUUUCGAAAAAAUAUGGCCGAGAACGUUCUGGACUCUGGCCCGCCUUCAGCCAAGAGGCCUAAACUCUCCUCUCCGGCACUUUCCGCCUCCGCCAGCGAUGGAAACGAUUUUGGCUCACUGUUUGACUUGGAGCAUGAUCUCCCAGACGAGCUCAUCAGCUCUAAUGAACCAGGCCUGGUCAAUGGUGGGGAUCUCAGCCAGUUGCACACCACUCUGGGAGGAGGACCUGCAGGGCUGGUUCCUGGCGGAGGCAGUGGAGGGGCAGGAGGGAUGGGACUUGGACUUGGCCCUGGUGGAGGACAGGAUGCGGUGGCCAAGCACAAGCAGCUGUCCGAGCUUUUGCGUUCAGGUGCACCCACCUCGACCCAACAAGGACACCAAGGAGCCAUGGGCAGCCCAGGAGGCCCCACUGCCAUGGGGCAACACUUAGCAAACAUGAAGGCAUCCCCUGGCCAGGGGCCUCCGCAGAUGAUGGGCCAGGGGCAGCAGCAGCACCUCUCCCCUCAGCAGCAAGCCAACAUGAUGCAGCAGCAACAGAACGCUGCAGCUGGAAUGAUGGGUGGCAUGAACAGGGCCAUGAUGGGAGCACAGCAGAAAGGCAAUAAUGGACAACAGCAGCCAGGCAUGAUUGGAAGCCAGGUGAUGAAUGGCUCCCCCAGGAUGGGCUUUGGGAAUCAGGGCAUGGGUGGCAACAGCAACCUGUUGGCUGAGACCCUACAGCAGCAGGGAGCUGCAGGCCAGGCUGGAAUGAGAGGCCAGCAGCCUGGAGCCAUGAACAAGAUGGGGAUGAUGGGGAACCCAGGGGGCCCUUUUGGAGGUCCCUAUGCAGGGCAGGGGAAUCAAGGUCUGGGAGGCGCAGGGCUGGGCCCUCAGCUCCAGAACAAAGGUCCCAUGGCCAACAGCCUGGCCCAGUUCAAUGUGGACAAGAAAAACCAGCCCAUGCAAGGAAUGGCCGCCAUGGGCUCCCAGCAGUCACAAACAGGUGUGGGUGGUCCCUCUGGUGCACCUGUGGGAGGAGCCCCAGGGAUGGUACCCAAUGCUCAGGCAGGUCUGGUGGGUCCCGGUGCCCAGGUUUCUGCAGCAUCUGCUGCUGCUGGAGCGCCACCCACAGCCGACCCCGAGAAGCGCAAGCUGAUCCAGCAGCAACUGGUGCUCCUGCUUCAUGCACACAAGUGCCAGCGGCGGGAGCAGGCCAAUGGUGAGGUUCGGCAGUGCAACCUGCCCCACUGCCGCACCAUGAAGAACGUCCUCAACCACAUGACUCACUGCCAGGCUGGCAAGUCCUGUCAGGUUGCUCACUGUGCAUCAUCGAGGCAGAUCAUCUCCCAUUGGAAGAACUGUACGCGACAUGACUGUCCUGUCUGCCUGCCGCUGAAGAAUGCCGGGGACAAGAGGAACCCGCAGUGUGAGUCUCUUCUUGGUGCAGCUGCUGCAGGUCUGGGCAGUUCUCUUGGGGCAGUACCUGGUGGUCAACCAAGUGCACCUAACCUCAACCCGCCGAGUCAGAUUGACCCCAGCUCGAUAGAAAGAGCCUACGCAGCCCUAGGCCUUACCUACCAGGGCAACCAGAUCCAGGCUCCGACCGCCCAGCCCAAUAUGCAGGCUGGCAUGAGGCCUUUGAACCCAAUGGGUGCAAAUCCUAUGGGAGUCAACGGAGGUGUGGGAGCUUCUCCUCAGAGCCAACAAUCCAGCCUGCUGCAGGACACUAUGAUGCACCUCAAUGUGAACAGCCAAGGUCUGAUGAAUGAUGCCAGUGGGGUCGGCUCCAUGCCCACAGCAGGCCCUCCCUCUGCCUCAGGCAUGAGGAAAAGCUGGCAUGAGGACAUCACACAGGACCUACGAAACCACUUGGUACACAAACUAGUCCAGGCCAUCUUCCCAACUCCAGAUCCUGCCGCUCUCAAGGACCGCCGAAUGGAGAACCUGGUGGCCUACGCCAGAAAGGUUGAGGGAGACAUGUAUGAGUCAGCCAACAGUAGAGCUGAGUACUAUCACCUGCUAGCAGAGAAGAUCUAUAAGAUCCAGAAGGAGCUGGAGGAGAAGAGGAGGACCAGGCUCCAGAAACAGGGUCUGGGCCUUGGGCCUGCCGGCAUGGGACAGCCCCCUACUGGACUACCACCAAACGGUCCUCUCCCUGACCCAUCAAUGGUGCGACCAGCCGGACCAAAUCAGAUGGUCAACAGAAUGCAAGGCCCAGGUAUCAAUCAGUUCAAUCAGAUGGGGAUGCAGUCCAUGGGCCAGAGGUCUACGCCUCCUCUUCCCAUAGGAGCAUCUGGCAACCAGUUGGGGAUGGUUGGACCUAGGAUGGGGCAGCCUAAUGUCAACCAGCUGCAGAACCAGUAUCUGUCCCAGGGGCAGUUUCCUGGCUCAGGACCAGGAGUUGGAGCAGCUCAGCCUGGGAUGGCCCAACAGGGAGCACAGGCAGGCAUGGCACAGACGCAGAUGGGCACUCCCCCCUCUCUUCCAGUUGCGAGUCCUCUAGCACAGCCAGGUUCAGCCGGUGGUCCCACUGGCGUCUCCACAGUGGGGCCCAUUGGUCCUCAAAGUGUGGGCGGCGGAGGUCCCAACUCAGCUGUUGGAGCCCCCGCUCCCUCAAUGACUCCAACAAACACAAACCAGCAACCCAACUCCAUCCCCCAUUUGGCAGCCAUGCGCGGCUCGCCCUCACCCGCUCACAGCCGAUCCCCCGCUCACAGCCGAUCGCCGACUCCUCACCAAACGCCCCCCAGACUAGCCGGAUCCCAGACCCCACAGCCACACACCCCUAAUGCGCCACAGCUGGGUCCACCUUCAGCUCCACAGCAGAACCAGCUUGGUCAGGGCCCCGGCUCCAACAAGCCCCUCCAGCAGCAGCACAUGGGGCCGGCUGGUUCGACCACUCCAUCUCACCCUGGAUUGGCCUCCAGCUCGACGCCGCAUGGUGCUCAGCUGCCACGCACUCCGUUGUCCCAAAAAGGUUCAUUUGCUGCGGAUAGUCAAGCCCUGACUCCAGCCUCUGUCAGCAGCCUGGACACUUCCUCCCAGCAGCCACAGUCGAACGCCUCCGCCACCAACCUCGACCCCAAGAUGGAGGUCAAGCAGCAGGAUGAGGAGGAGGAGAGCGACACCGGCAGCUGCUCCAAAGGAGGGAAGCUCAGCAACCUCAAAACGGAAGAGAAGCCUGUGAAAUUAGAGCUGAAAAAGGAGGAGUGUUCCGGAGAGGGAGGUAAAGGUGUUCCAAUGGACACAUCUGCGUCAACGCCGACGGGGGGCGUCAAGACGGAAGACAGAAAGCCGGAGGUAAAGAAGGAGGUGAAAGAGGAAGAGGAGACGUCGGAGGCAGCUACACCACAGGCCCCAGUGAAAAAGAAGAUCUUCAAGCCGGAGGAGCUUCGUCAGGCUCUGAUGCCCACACUCGAAUCUCUCUACAGACAAGAUCCAGAGUCUCUGCCCUUCAGAAUGCCUGUAGACCCACAACUGCUGUGCAUACCUGACUACUUUGAUAUUGUGAAGAGCCCAAUGGACUUGUCUACCAUCAAGCGGAAGCUAGAUACAGGUCAGUAUCAGGAUCCCUGGCAGUACGUGGACGACAUCUGGCUGAUGUUCAACAACGCCUGGCUGUACAACCGCAAAACAUCCAGAGUCUACAAGUACUGCUCCAAGCUGGCCGAGGUUUUUGAGCAGGAGAUCGAUCCCGUCAUGCAGAGCCUUGGCUACUGCUGUGGGAGGAAGCUGGAGUUCUCUCCUCAGACACUGUGCUGCUACGGGAAGCAGCUGUGCACUAUUCCCAGAGAUGCUGCUUACUUCAGCUACCAGAACAGUUCACCAAAAUUUGGGCUUAUUGCUGACAGGUACCACUUCUGUGAGAAGUGCUUCAACGAGAUCCAGGGUGAGACGGUGUCCCUGGGUGACGACCCCACCCAGCCACAGACAUCGAUUAACAAGGAACAGUUUGAAAAGAAGAAGAAUGACACACUGGACCCUGAAUUGCUUGUUGAAUGUAUGGACUGCGGGCGCAGGAUGCAUCAGAUUUGUGUCUUGCACCAUGAAACAAUCUGGCCAUCAGGUUUUGUUUGUGACGGCUGCUUAAAGAAGACAAACAAAACCAGGAAAGAGAACAAGUAUUCUGCCAAAAGGUUGCCCCAGACGAAGUUGGGCAGUUACCUCGAGGUACGGGUGAAUGACUUCCUCAAGCGGCAGAACCACCCAGAGGCUGGAGAAGUCUUCAUUCGCGUCGUCCACGUCUCUGACAAGGUGGUGGAGGUUAAACCGGGCAUGAAAUCCAGGUUUGUGGACAGCGGAGAGAUGUCAGAGUCUUUCCCCUACAGGACAAAAGCCCUGUUUGCGUUUGAGGACAUUGACGGAGCAGAUGUCUGCUUCUUUGGUAUGCAUGUUCAAGAGUACGGCUCAGACUGCCCACAGCCCAACCAGAGGCGAGUUUACAUCUCCUACCUGGACAGUGUGCACUUUUUCCGGCCUCGCUGUCUAAGAACUGCAGUCUACCACGAAAUCCUCAUCGGCUACUUGGAAUAUGUGAAGAAGUUGGGCUACACCACCGGGCACAUCUGGGCCUGCCCGCCUAGUGAAGGGGACGACUACAUCUUCCACUGUCACCCGGCAGAUCAGAAGAUCCCGAAGCCCAAACGCCUCCAGGAGUGGUACAAGAAGAUGUUAGACAAAGCUGUGGCAGAGCGGAUAGUGCAUGAUUACAAGGAUAUCUUCAAGCAGGCGACCGAGGAUCGUUUGACGAGCGCUAAGGAGUUGCCGUACUUUGAGGGUGACUUCUGGCCCAACGUGCUGGAGGAGAGCAUCAAGGAGCUGGAGCAGGAGGAGGAGGAGAGGAAACGGGAGGAGAAUAGCACUUCUAACGAAAGUAUUGAUGACACAAAAGGUGACAGUAAAAACGCAAAGAAGAAGAACAACAAGAAGACGAGUAAGAACAAGAGCAGCCUGAGCCGAGCCAAUAAGAAGAAGCCGGGGAUGCCCAACGUCUCCAACGACCUUUCACAGAAACUCUACGCCACUAUGGAAAAACACAAAGAGGUGUUCUUUGUGAUCCGGCUGAUUGCAGCACCCAUGGCAAAUGCCUUGCCCCCCAUCGCGGACUCGGAUCCCCUGAUGGCGUGCGACCUCAUGGAUGGCCGCGAUGCCUUUCUGACACUGGCCCGGGACAAACACCUGGAGUUCAGCUCGCUGAGGAGGUCCAUGUGGAGCUCGAUGUGCAUGUUGGUGGAGCUGCAUAACCAAAGCCAGGAUCGCUUUGUCUACACAUGUAACGAGUGCAAGCACCACGUGGAGACUCGUUUCCACUGCACCGUCUGUGAGGAUUACGACCUCUGCAUCACAUGCUACAACACUAAGGGCCAUGUCCACAAGAUGGAGAAGUUAGGCCUUGGCUUGGAUGACGAGAGCAGCAACCAGGCUGCCGCAACCACUCAGAGCCCGGGAGACUCUCGCCGCCUCAGCAUUCAGCGCUGCAUCCAGUCCCUCGUCCACGCCUGCCAGUGCAGAAACGCAAACUGCUCUCUGCCGUCCUGUCAGAAGAUGAAACGUGUCGUCCAGCACACGAAAAGUUGCAAGAGAAAAACCAACGGUGGCUGCCCCAUCUGCAAGCAGCUUAUUGCGUUGUGCUGCUACCAUGCUAAGCACUGUCAGGAGAACAAGUGUCCUGUCCCGUUCUGCCUAAACAUCAAGCACAAGCUCCGGCAGCAGCAGCUGCAGCACCGGCUCCAGCAGGCUCAGAUGCUCAGGAGGAGAAUGGCGAGCAUGCAGAGAGUGGGCCAGCCACCUCCCGGAGGAGCCCCGGGGGGUAACGGUCUGCCUUCUCCAGGAGCCAACAACGGAGCCACAGGUCCUGGUACCCCGACAUCUGUGGGCACGCAGCCACCGACCCCACAGACCCCCACCCAGGGAAACAUGCCUGCGCUGCCUCCGCAGCAAGGAGUUGGGAUGGGGGGGAUGGGGGGAAUGGGAACGCCAGGCCAGCAACAGCAGGUUCAGCAGCAAGGUGGUGCCAUGCCCCCUCAGCACCACCUCCAUCAGUUCCAGCCGGUGGGUGGAGGAGGUGCAGGGGGGAUGAUGAACUCUCCUCAGCAGCAGAUGGUACCACAGCUCCAGCAGCAGCCGCCUAAUGUCCAGCAGCAGCAGCAUCCUGGAGGUCUGCCUCCGUACAACCCCAGACCACCAGGGGCUUCUCCUCUCCACCAGUCCCUGGGAAAACCUGGACUGGGUCCAGCCACCCCACCCCAGCAGCAGCAACAACCCAACCAGGGCCAGGGGUCAUUGCCAGGCCAGCAGCAGGGUCCCCCUCUGGCUGCUGUAGAGACAGCCCUAAAAAUCCAGCGCCUCGCAGAGACCCAGAGACAGAUGGCUCAGGCCCAGGCUCAAGCCCAGAUUCGUGGCCUGGGACAGGGGGGCAUGAUACCCUCGCACCCUCACCACCAGAACACCCAGGCCCCAAUGGGCAUGCCCCACAUUGGGCCCCAGGGUUUGCCCCCCCAGGCUCAGGGAGUUGUUGGCAGGACUAUGUUAGACCCGCAGCAGCAGGGGAUGCUGGCGGGGAUGCAGCAGAGCGGCCCUCAGUCACAGCUGCCGCCUCAGGUUCAGCAGCAGCUGCAGCAGGUCCAGCAGGCAGGCGGAGGGCAACUACAGCCACCAAACCAGCAGUGGGGACCUGGCGGACCCACCAUGAACCCACAACAAAGGCCGAGCAUGAUGGGUCACAUGGCGCCACAGCAGCAACCAGCGGUUGCCCAGCAGCAGCCAAUGAAUCAGCAACAGCAGCAACCAGGAAACCGCGGGCUGAUGCAGGUAAUGGGUGCACCAGGAGCCCCCAGUUCUAUAGCAGCUGCAGCUGCAUCAGGAAACCUCCCCCAGGCAGCACUGCAAGACCUCUUGAGAACUCUGCGCUCUCCGAGCUCGCCCCUCCAACAGCAGCAGGUCCUCAACAUCCUCCGCUCCAACCCGACCCUCAUGGCUGCUUUCAUCAGGCAGAGAGCAGCAAGGUAUCAAGGCGGUCAGGGUGGCCCCGGAGGACCGGGAGGGCCUCAACAAGCGGGUCCCGGAGGUGUGCGGUUCCAAGGGGCUGGUGGAGUGCUGCCUGGUGUGGGAGGGCCCGGGGCGAACCAGCUGCCUAACAUGGACGGACAGCAGCAGGGUAAUGUGAACCAGGCGGGUCAGCCGGGGAUGAACAUGGCUCAGGGUGGAGCAGGUGGAGGGAACAUGCCCACCAUCGCUCAGCUGCAGCAGUUACAGCAGCAGCAACAGCAGCAACGUCCGAUGUUGCCUGGUAAUCUACAGCAACAGCAAAUGGCUGCAUUACAGCAGCAGCAACAACAACAGGGAGCAAUGCAAGCUGGGCAACAAGGCAACAUCAGCAACAUGACGCCGCAGUUCAGAGAGCUGUUGAUGAGGAGACACCUGCAGCAGCAGCAGCAGCAGCAGCAGCAACAACAACAACAACAACAACAACAGCAACAGCAGCAACAGAUGGGAAACCACGGGCAGUUCCAGCAGCCUCAAGGACUCCAGCAGCAGCAGCAAGGUCAGCAGGGGUUCAUGCAACCUGGACAGGGACAGCCAGGGAUCCCCCCCUCCCAGCCCCAGCCUGGGGGAGGAGGCGUAGGAGGUCCCCAGCAGCAGCAGGGGGGACCACAAGGUGGGCCAGGACAGCUUGGCCAGCAGCAAGGCUACCCCAACACCAUGUCCCAGGUGGCUGCAGCGCUCCAGCAGAGGCUGCAGCAUCAGAUGCAGAUGCAACAGCAGCAGCAGCAGAAUUCAAUGGGCGGGCUCCAAGGGCAAGACGGAGGGCCCGGUGGAGGCACAGGAGGACCAGGAGGACCUCCACUCCAGCCCGGGCAAGGCGGACCAGGACAGGGGCAACAACAGCAAGGUGGGGUAGGUGGAGGGGGUGGCGGGCCCCCUCUGCAGCAGACAUCCCAAGGCAUGCUCCACCAGAACAUCCACCAGAGGCUCCUGCAGCAGCAGCAUCUAGGCGGGGGCUCUCCAGCCCAGCACAGCAGCCCCAUGAGCCCCCAACAGCAGAUGGCGCAGUCCCCCCAUCUCCAAGGACAAGGAGGACUCGGCCCAGCGGGGUCGCUCAGCAGUCAGGUCAGGUCGCCUCAGCCCUCACCGAGGCCGCAGUCGCAACCGCCACACUCCAGCCCGUCCCCACGCAUGCAGCCCUCCUCCCAACCUCAGCCCCAGCCCUCCCCUCAUCGCAUCUCCCCGCAGACCCAGACUGGCUCCCCCCAUCCAGGCCACAUAGGCCAACAUCACCCCAGCAUGGCGCCGCCCCAACCUCCACAGCCCCAGCAGCAGCAGGCGUUAUCUCAGCCGGGUAACUCCGUAGACGCCGCCCAGUUCAGCUCAGACCAGAACUCCAUCAUGUCCCAGCUGAGCGGGAUGACGGGGAUGCACGGCGUGCAGGGGGGGCAGUCGGACAUGUUGGGUGGGAAUAAUAACAGCAGCAACAACAACCAGGAGCUGGGGACGAACAUUAACCACAACAGUUUAGACCUGAUGUAGCCUUGACUCCACAACGAUGCUCUGAUCCGUCGCCCCAAAAUCACAAACUGCCACGAGAGGAGCGCAAGGCGGGACUCUGGCUUUGGGGUUUUAGAAGUUUUUAUUUUUUAUUUAAAUAUUUUUGUGAUGUAUAAAUAAGAACUGAAGCUUCCUUCCUAUGGGAGAUGCAACAUAAAUCUUAGAAGUCAAUAAAUGAAUAAAUUAAAACAAUGGUAAGUUAUUGCUGUUAAUAUAUAUCUAUAUAUUUUUGCCAAUUGUGUACAAAAAGGUGGAAGGGCAGCGUUUCAGGUUGAAGAUAUUUCUUCCUUAGUCUAUGACACAAUAUUUUUGGGGACUGAGAAUUUUGCCUUUUUAUGAAUAUUUUUAAGAUUUUAAAUGUGGCUAAAAAUUAAAGUGAGUUGACAUGAUGUACUUUUUUUUUUUUUUAAUUGUUUUCCUCCAGUCAUAAUUGUAUUUUGCAGAGAGUUAUUUUAUUUCAUUUUUUUCCCCUCAAUGGAUUGUAAUACAAGCAUCAACAUAUCUUCUGUUACAGGAAUCUUUUUCUGGACACAGCAAUGUACAUUUUUACAGCGACUGCAACAAUUCACAUAUAUAGAAUUUAUUUUAUAGGCGGGUGGAAGGGUGCGUUCAAUGCAGUUUUGAGUUUUCCUAGAUGUUUUGUUUUGACAGGGUUUAUAGGUUAAAACCUCAACAGUGUUUUUGGGGAGUGGGUGACACUGACCGUGGUAUUUUUGUGCAGAACAAAUCCUUCCACCCUCGGUCCACUUCUCCGUUCUCCUAUGAAUGUGCGCACCUUCUCCCCCCCCCCGCAGAUUACGGAGGGAUGAACUGUUGAUGUCUGAUCGUCCGGCUGUCGGAGGGCGUUGUUGCGCUUCUGCGUCGAGCCAGCAGAUGUUAAAACGUCGUGCGUGUACAUAUAUUACAAGUUUAUGAACUGUGACUUGGAGAUACAGUUUUUUUGGGGCUGCAGAGGUUUAAUCCUGCCUGUAUCCUCAAGCCCCACCCCCAGCGGUUUCCCUUUCUUUCCCUCAUGGCUGCCCCUCAGCCACAAGAUUUAAUUCAAUGUUAGUACUGUACAAAGUAAGAAAUGGUGGACUUAGAUACUGUUUUUGUAAUGAAAGUGAAAGAUGUAAAAAAAAAAAAAAAAAAAAAAUACUGUACAUAAAACGUUAUGAGCAGAGAAAUUAUUUUCUGCUGCUUGUUCCCCUUCUUGUUCGAUUGGAUAUUUGCUGUAUCUGUAAAAAAAAACAAAAAACAAAAAAAACAAAAAAAAAAAAAAACUACAAAAGUACUCCUGAGCUACUGUACAGUGUUGUUUUCUAAAAAGGUACAGUAUGGGGUGUCGUGGGUCACAAGCACCAAUGCGCCUUUUUCUGUGUAUUUUUGACAAGGUUUUUUCGGGAGGGAGGGGUUAUCGCAACACACCUGAACAAUCUCAUACAGGAAGUCGAGCCGAGACGGGGUUGAAUCGAGGUGUGAUCUGGAAGAAAUUUGGUCAUUUAGCUUUUUACGGAGAGGACUGAAGACACAAUAUUCACAUGCUCACUAUUUUUCUCAAAAGGUUGGGCUUGCUGGGUAUGGGGGGGGGGGGGGGGGGACGCAUCAGAACCAGGUGGCAAUAUAUCUUGAGACUUAUUUUAUAAGAAAAAAAAACAAGGAAAAACUGUCUUUUAUAUAUAGAUAUAUUAUUUAAUUUUAUUUUUUGGAAAUAAAACUUGAAGCUACAGGAAUUAUUAGAUAAAAACAUGUUUUGUUUUGUAUUAAAGAUGUUAUGGUGAUGCAAAAAGACACUGCAGACAGCCGUUCAGUUUGCUCUGGGGAGGCCGUGGAGUUAUAUUAUACCAUCCUUUUUAAGAAAUGUUUCAUGUACAUGAAUAUAGUUGUAAAACAUACUGAAUCACUGUACAAACUGAUGGCAACUGAACAAAUAGUUUUGUUUUAAUCAUUUCUUCUCCGAAACAGAGACUGGAAAUAAGACUAUUUAAAUAUUUGUUUAGUAUUCAAAUGGAAUCUUUGACCACUUUUUUUCGUUCCUCUUGUUAACAAUUUUGGUGCUUGCUGAGAGAAAGCAAAAAUAACUGUUGCUCCAUUUUCAUUAGUUUCUUUUUUUUUUUUAAGUUAUUUUGGUGGUCUGAUUGUUUUUUUGCCAAUAAAUUAAUUGUACAAUAAAGUAUGUUUGUACCAUUGGAAAAA